AACAUCUUCCUUCCGUUUUCAGGGGACUCCAACGCCGGCUGCGUGGUUUAGCUGCGUUAGCUAACCGAAUAAAUACAUCGUCGCUUUUGUUUUAGUAAAUAAAAAUUUUAACAACGGCAAACAAAAUGUAUCACGAAGAGGAGGAGGCCACUGCAACUUAUGACCCAUACGACUACGACCUGCACACUGGUGAUCCUAAGGCAGAUCUGGCUUAUGAGAGGCAGUAUGAGCAGCAGACCUACCAUGUCAUUCCAGAGGUCAUCAAAAACUUCCUGCAGUAUUUCCAUAAAACCAUCUCAGAUUUGAUUGAUCAGAAGGUGUAUGAGCUGCAGUCCAAUCGUGUCUCCAGUGAGAGUAUUGAGCAAAAGAUCUAUGAGAUCCAGGAUGUUUAUGAGAACAGUUGGAACAAGUUGACUGACCGUUUCUUCAAGACGUCUCCAUGGCCAGAAGCAGAAGCCAUUGCAUCACUUGUUGGCAGCGAUGCUGUGUUCCUGAUCCUUUAUAAGGAGCUGUACUACAGGCACAUCUAUGCCAAAGUCAGCGGGGGACCAACAUUGGAGCAAAGAUUUGAGUCAUACUACAAUUACUGCAACCUCUUCAACUAUAUUCUGAAUGCUGAUGGCCCCGCCCCAUUGGAGCUGCCAAACCAGUGGCUUUGGGACAUCAUUGAUGAGUUCAUCUAUCAGUUCCAGUCCUUCAGCCAGUAUCGCUGUAAGACGGCCAAGAAGACGGAGGAGGAAAUUGAAUUCCUGAGGAAUAACCCAAAGAUCUGGAAUGUUCACAGUGUUCUUAAUGUUCUCCAUUCACUAGUCGACAAGAGCAACAUCAACCGUCAGCUUGAGGUGUACACCAGUGGAGGCGACCCAGAGACUGUGGCUGGAGAAUAUGGACGUCACUCCUUGUACAAGAUGUUGGGUUACUUCAGCUUGGUUGGACUCCUCAGGCUUCACUCCCUACUAGGGGAUUAUUACCAGGCCAUCAAAGUGCUGGAGAACAUUGAACUCAACAAGAAGAGUAUGUACUCACGUGUACCCGAGUGCCAGGUCACCACGUACUACUAUGUGGGUUUUGCCUACCUGAUGAUGAGGCGCUACCAGGAUUCCAUUCGAGUGUUUGCCAACAUCCUGCUCUACAUCCAGAGAACAAGAAACAUGUUCCAGAGGUCAACAUAUAAAUAUGAAAUGAUCAAUAAACAAAAUGAGCAGAUGCACGGUCUGCUGGCCAUCGCUUUAACCAUGUAUCCAAUGCGCAUUGACGAGAGCAUCCACACCCAGCUGAGGGAGAAGUAUGGAGACAAGAUGCUGCGAAUGCAGAAGGGAGACCUGCAGGUGUUUGAGGAGCUGUUCAGCUUCGCCUGUCCAAAGUUCUUGUCACCCGUCGUCCCAAACUACGACAACGUCCACCCCAACUACCACAAAGAACCUUUCCAGCAGCAGCUGAAAGUCUUUGCUGAGGAAGUGCAGCAGCAAGCUCAGCUUUCCACCAUCCGCAGUUUCCUGAAGCUCUACACCACCAUGCCAGUAGCCAAGUUGGCAGGAUUCCUGGACAUGAGUGAGCAAGAGUUCCGCAUUCAACUGCUGGUCUUCAAGCACAAAAUGAAGAACCUGGUGUGGACCAGUGGCAUUUCAGCUCUGGAUGGAGAGUUCCAGUCUGCUUCUGAGGUUGACUUUUACAUCGACAAGGACAUGAUCCACAUCGCUGACACUAAAGUCGCUCGGCGAUAUGGAGACUUUUUCAUCAGACAAAUCCACAAGUUUGAGGAGUUGAACAGGACGCUGAAGAAGAUGAGUGUCACUGGCUCCACUGGAGGAUCAGGGAGCACCGCAAGUCGAGGAGUGUGAACAGUAACAGCUGACUCUGCAUCCCACUUAAUUAUUGAACAUUUUCUAUGUAACAAAUAAAAGCUGGAAUUGUUUGCCUAA